AUGCUCCUUGGGGAAGACUCCCGCGUCAGAGACUACUGGAGAAAGCUGGGCCAAGAUGCUUUAAAUCAUGGUGUUAAGGGAAUCAUCAUUAUGGGUGCUCAUUGGAAUAACGACGGACCAGGAGUGAAGGUGGCCACGAACCCGGCCCCGACGUUCAUGCCACUAGCCAAUACGCACCCCAAACAUUGGUCGGGAUGGAAGCCCAAUCCUGAUCUCGAAACCAGUCGUCGUAUCAUCCAGAUGUUGCAAGGUGCUGGAAUUCAGGCAGAGGAAGAUGCCAAGUUUGAAUGGAUGAUUGACACGUUUCCCAUCAUUAUCGGCAUGUUUGGUGACAAAUCACCCCCUGUGUCGAUUGUGUCGCAGAAUUCCUACUUUGACCCUUUCUUCCACAUUCAAAUGGGCACUGCACUGCGGCCCCUACGGUCCGAGGGGUACCUGAUCAUGGGGUCUGGUGGGGGUACGCACAACCUGUACCGUGCCGAGUGGCGAUUUAUGCUUAAAUACAAGGACAACUUCGCCAUGGAGAAGCCUCCGGACAAAGACAGUAUCGAGUUCCGUCAAUCACUAGAAGAUGUGAUCUGCAAGCAUGGCGGUGGACCUGAGCUUCGCCGCGGUGUCGCGCGAUUAAUGAAACAUCCCUACUUUCGUGAAGCUCACGGUACAGACGAGCAUUAUGUGUCUGUUUGUUUCGUUGCUGGCGCUAUUGGAGAGCCCGAAGAUCGUCGCUCACAAGGAAAGCUAGGAGCUGAAGCCUGGGAAUUGGUGAGUCGUCGGUCCCUUCUCCAUUCAUCCCUUGAGUGCCACCGACCCAUUCUCCUGACCCGCGCGCUCGAGAGACGUGGGCUAAGAUUUUUUGCUAGCGCACUCAAUGUGAGUCUCAAUUCUCAAUUGGGUCUUGGCCGAAGGCAUGGUUAG